GCGCCGCCUGGCGGGCGGGAGGCGGCGCGGGAAGAUGGCGGCGGCGGCCGCGACCGGGGCUGCGGGUCCAGCGGCCGAGGGGCCGGAACCCGCCCCGGACCCGCCCGCCCCGGAGCCUCCGGCCCCGCCGGAACCGGGCGCUGCCGACGCCGAGAGCGGGGGCGAUGCCGCCCUGGCCGAUGUCACCGCAGCGCUGGACGCGGAGGCCGCCGGCGGGAAGGACGCGCUGGAAGGUGCUGGGGACACCUCGGAGGCGCUGGACGCCCAGGCCGGCUCGGUGGACGAGGAGAACGGGCGGCAGCUGGGGGAGAUCGAGCUGCAGUGCGGGAUCUGCACCAAGUGGUUCACGGCGGACACGUUCGGCAUCGACACCACAUCCUGUCUGCCCUUCAUGACCAACUACAGUUUCCAUUGCAACGUUUGCCACCACAGCGGGAACACCUAUUUCCUAAGGAAACAAGCGAAUCUCAAGGAAAUGUGCCUUAGCGCUCUGGCCAACUUAACAUGGCAGUCCAGGACACAGGAUGAGCACCCGAAAACCAUGUUCUCGAAAGAUAAGGAUAUUAUCCCGUUUAUUGAUAAAUACUGGGAGUGCAUGACAACACGCCAGAGACCCGGGAAAAUGACUUGGCCUAAUAACAUUGUCAAAACUAUGUGUAAAGAAAGAGACGUAUUCUUGGUGAAGGAGCAUCCGGACCCAGGGAGCAAAGACCCAGAGGAGGAUUACCCCAAGUUUGGGCUUGUAGACCAAGAUCUCGCCAAUAUCGGGCCUGCGUAUGACAACCAGAAACAGAACAACGCCGUGUCCACCAGCGGAAACUUAAACGGUGGAGCCCCUUUGGGAGGGGGAAUCGCCGCCAGCGGCAGCGGGAAGGGACGGGGAGCCAAGCGCAAGCAGCAGGACGGAGGAACCACGGGAACAGCCAAGAAAACCAGAAGCGACCCGUUGUUUUCUGCGCAGCGCUUGCCGCCCCACGGUUACCCCUUGGAGCACCCCUUCAAUAAAGACGGCUAUCGGUACAUCUUGGCUGAGCCCGACCCCCACGCGCCAGACCCAGAGAAGCUGGAGCUGGACUGUUGGGCAGGAAAACCCAUUCCUGGGGACCUCUACAGAGCCUGCCUGUACGAACGGGUCCUCCUGGCGCUGCACGACCGAGCUCCUCAGUUAAAGAUUUCUGACGACAGGCUGACUGUUAUCGGCGAGAAGGGCUAUUCCAUGGUACGAGCCUCGCACGGCGUGCGGAAAGGAGCGUGGUACUUUGAAAUAUCCAUGGACGAGAUGCCUCCGGACACAGCUGCCAGACUAGGCUGGUCACAGCCCCUAGGGAACCUCCAGGCACCUCUGGGAUACGAUAAGUUCAGUUACUCCUGGCGCAGCAAGAAGGGAACCAAGUUCCACCAGUCGAUAGGGAAGCACUAUUCGUCUGGCUACGGGCAGGGCGACGUGCUGGGGUUUUACAUCAGUCUUCCGGAAGACACCGAGACGGCCAGGUCUCUGCCUGACACUUACAAGGACAAGGCUCUGAUCAAAUUCAAAAGCUACUUGUACUUCGAAGAGAAGGACUUUGUGGACAAAGCAGAGAAGAGCCUGAAGCAAGCGCCCGGCAGCCAGAUAAUAUUCUUCAAGAAUGGUGCCAGCCAAGGAGUUGCCUUUAAAGACAUCUUCGAAGGAGUUUAUUUUCCUGCUAUUUCUUUGUACAAGGGCUGCACAGUUUCUAUAAACUUCGGACCAUAUUUCAAGUACCCCCCUCGAGAUAUCACUUACCGUCCGAUGAGCGACAUGGGCUGGGGCGCCGUGGUGGAGCACACGCUGGCAGACGUGCUGUACCACGUGGAGACGGAGGUGGACGGGCGGCGCAGCCCGCCCUGGGAGCCUUAAACGACGCAGCAUAAGAACCAGCGCAGCGGGUAUCCAGUCAGGCGGUCUUUAUUGUACAGGAACACGCAUCACUCAGAACAAUCAGCCAAGGAGCAAACAAGCCGCAGCCCUCGCCAGCUGUGUUUUGUUACCCGAUUCAGGCGCUGCCGCGGUUGGAGCCAGCGGUGCCGUUCUGGAGCGCGUUGUGCUGGGUGUGCAUCCCUGGGGGCCGGCGGUAACGGUGACAGCGUGAGCAGCGACGCUGUGCUGAAGAAGCGGCUGCUGUGCCGGUCGCGGUUCAGCCAGCGCGGGCUCCAGGGGGACGUUGUGCCUCCGCGGCCGAUUGUACAAUGAACAACAGCUUGUGCUGUAACGAGGCUGCUGCGUGUACGGCUGAAAUGCGGGUUUCUGGCCAAACUGUAUUUUUUUCCCCACAAACUGGAAACCAGUUUGAAAAUAAAGGCUUUAACUCUUA